AUGACGGGCCGCGAGGAGCUGGCCGAGGGCGCCCCGGGCAAGGGGAAGGCGCUGGCGCCCAGCGCGGCGGGGCAGGAGAAGGCGGGCGCCCGCUUGGCCAGCGGCAGCCUGCGCGCCUCCAAGGGCUUCGCCAUCACCGACCUGCUCGGCUUGGAGGCGGAGCUGCAGCCGCCCGGCCCGGUCGCCGCCGCCGCCUCCUCUUCGUCCUCCUCCUCGGGCUGCGAAGGCGGCGGCGGCGGCGGACCGGGCGGCUUGGGCGGAGGCGCCCUGCCGCUGGGCUUGGGCUUCCUCUGCGGCUUCGCCCCGCAGCAGCCCUCCGGGGCGCCCUGCCUGCUGCCCGCCCACCUGCCCUUCCUGCGGCCCGCGCCCGACCCCCCGCCCCAGCCCCGCCGCCACCACCACGCCCCCUACGCGCCGCCCGCAGCCCACAGGCACAGCCAACACCUCUCCGAUGACGAUAGCUUGUCGGGGGACAAGAGUGACCUGAAGACUUCUGGGUCCCAGAUCAAGAGAAAGAAACGACGGCACAGGACGGUAUUUACUGCACACCAACUGGAGGAACUGGAAAAGGCUUUCAAUGAAGCUCAUUACCCUGAUGUAUAUGCCAGGGAAAUGUUAGCAAUGAAAACUGAGCUCCCUGAGGACAGGAUACAG